CAACCCUUCCUCCAGUGGCUCGAACGUCGAGACGAGCAGUUUUUGGUACUGAAAUUGGUAUUUGAUUAUUUUAUUGGAAUAUAUUUGUAAAAAAACUGUAAAUUUUGAAAAUUUGAACCCGUUUUUAGAUAAAUUUUAGUAUCAGUCGAAACGUGCUUGUCGCAUUCUCGCAGUCGUUUGCUUUUCGGUCAUUAUCUCUAGCUUUUAAAUGCUUUUUAUGGUUACUUUUACAAAAUGGCGAAUGUGUGGUGUGGAGUCGUAGAAUGAAUUCAAGAUGAAACCACACUUUUUACUUUCGUAACGUUUUCUUCGAUCGAGAAUCAAGCUUAAUCAUCAUGUCAUCUUUGCAAUUCGUUGUGCAUCCGACUCCCGGAACAGACGAUCAAUUAAAUGACAGAUUGAAAGAUAUAUCUGAUCGUCUGAAUCGAUUUGGACAAUCUUCUCACGCCCCUUCGGCUCUAAACAGCUUGAAAGCGUUAGUGAAACAAAUCGUCGUUGGACAGAACCAUUUUGCAUUUUUACUAGAAGAUGGACACGUUUGUAGAGUCGCAUACUCUGUCAUAGUUGACCGAUUAGAUUUGACCAAACCGGAUCCGAAUAAAAACAACAAAAGCAGCGGUAGCGGUGGCGCUGGCGGAAAUGGCGGCGGUGGUGGCGGCCAAGAUAGCGGUUCUGGCGGUGGAAACUCCAAUACUUCUAGGCAAAUGACACGAACACGUGCUAGGAUCAUGAGAUCGAGCGGUACAUCGUAUAGAGGCGGAUCUGGUUCUACUCGAGUUAUAAUGGGAUCUGCAGCCGGAGGUCAUCCAAGUUCUAGACCGGUUGUGCCGGCAUCUUACGUACCCGAAGAGUUAAUCUCGCAAGCUCAAGUCGUAUUACAAGGCAAAAGCAGAAGUAUGAUUGUUCGAGAAUUACAGCGUACAAAUCUCGACGUGAAUUUAGCCGUUAAUAAUUUAUUAUCGCGGGACGAUGAAGACGGUGACGACGGCGACGAUGGCGGAGAUUCGUACGGACCUGACGAUUUAAUUUCUCUCCUCGAUAGCGGAUUUCAUCCCGACCAUAGUGUUAUUAUCGAUACCGAUACUAUUUUCACCGAAGAUAUGUUCGGUUAUUCUUCAGCAUUGCGGAACCGGAGUAGUGGAGGUACAAGUGGUGGUAGCAUGGUUAAUCGAAGAUCGGUAACCGAACGUGAUCGUGCCAAUACAUCAACUAGUAGUGAUCCUCCUACUGAUAGAGAACGAGAUCCUCGCGAUCACCGGGAAAGUUUCUCGAGAUGGCGAGAACGACAGUAUUAUGGUCCUAAGCGUUGGUUGGAAACAGCUCUAAGAGAGUCUGGAUGGGAUAAAGAUCCUGAAACCAAGAAGAAAGAAAUAUUAUCGCAACAAACUCCAUUGUGGAUGUCUGAUGAUGUAGAAUUCUGGCCUGAGCCGCAUGUCAAAUUCACCCAUAUUGCUCAAAUGUACAGCGAAUUAGUGGCUUUGUCAUCGACCGGGCAGAUUUAUCAAUGGAAAUGGAACGAGCCUGAACCUUAUAAGCAUCCUAUCGAGGCUACAGUUCAUCAUCCCAAAACCAUCCCUCUCGGAUUACUCAACGAAAAGAUCGCAAUGCUGUCGGCUUCUGGUGUACGUUGUUCGUUGCUGACAGAAAGUGGCAAAGUUGCUACUUUCUUAGAUGAAACAUUGUACCACAGUGCAACCUCGACCAAGCUCGAACACCCGGCUACGUAUUUCUCCGAAUUCGCUCUCGAUCAUAUUGUUUCAUUGUACACCUGCCCUCUCUAUACAGUUGCUAGACUGGAAAGCGGAUCAUUGUAUUGGUGGGGUGUUCUUCCAUUCGCUCAAAGAAAGAAAGUAUGGGAAAAAUAUCGUGCCAAGUCUCGUAAACAAAGACCUCCUUCCAGCAGCACUGAAAUUAUAACCGGAUGUCAAGUUUGUAUGAAGAACAGCCCAAUGUAUCAACACGGAGCUAUAGGUUUUAACAUUUCUGGUGUCACGCCGAAAGUCGGAAUGCUGCAGAAUUCUGCUUGGAAUUUGACUGACGUAUGCAGAUUCAAGAUACUGGCAGCUCCGACGCCGGUAACAAAUACGAAUCUAUCGUCGGAAAAUUAUCGUUCAACGAACACAGCGACUGCUUCGACCAGCGUCGUUCUACCCGGAUCGUCGACUAACAAGAAUAAAGAAAACGCCGACCGUUUGGAUAUGCCUCCUCCACCAUCGCCUGCUUCGAGCACAUGCAGUGAUACCGGAAGCACCUCGCAUAGAGAUGGAACUGAGCGAGUAUUUGUGGUUACAGAACGUACCAAACGUGUUACGUUGAAAGGCGAAGAAAACGAAAAGAAAGAUGAAGAAGAUUGGCCUUUGAAAGAUGUCAUAUUCGUCGAAGAUGUGAAAAAUUUCCCAGUUGGACGUGUUUUGAAAGUUGACGGUGCUUUCGCUGCUGUUCGAUUCCCGAAUAAAGACGGUAGCAAAGAUAAAGAUGCAGCGGCCGCAGCUGCCGGAGCCAACAGCGAAGAUAUCAUCAGUUUAUUGCAGGAUUGUAGACUGAUGAGGAAAGAUGAUUUACAGGUUAUGAAAGCAAAUGCCACCUCUAGAGUGCCGGAUUGUUUCCAAAAACUCCCUAGACGUGUUAAUAUACCAGAAAAUGGCUCGCAGAUUCUUUCUAUAGCGGUCGAUGGCCAAGGUAUUCAUGCGAUUGUCAAAUCGGGAUCACGUUUGAGUUACGUGGUGUAUAACGUUACUACCGGACGAUGCGAGCAAGAUAGUCAGUUCCCUAUCGAUAUUAACGCAUUUUUGGGCAGUAGUUCCCAAAAUAUCUUACUUUCAAGUACCGGAGACUGCAACGACGGUGUAGUUAUUUUACGUGACGGCAACCGCACGAUUUAUCCGUUGGCUAAAGACAGCUGUGACUCGAUCCGCGAACCACAAUGGUUAGAUUUGGGACCGAUCCGAUGCCUCGGUUUGGGAACACAUACGUUAACAUCGGUUCAUUCGAAUCAUUUGAAAAAUACAGUGGCAAUUAUCGUAUUCGACGUCGAACAUCAAGUUUUGAUGAAUCGUGUUCUGAGAGGUCAUCUGGAAUCGAUUAAAAUGUUGCUCAAUCAGUUACAAAACGAGUCGAAUAAUGAUUUAAUUACGGCAAUAUUGAGAGAAAGAUGUGACGGUAAUCGUAAUCUUCUGCAUGCUUGCGUAUCGAUGUGUGCUCCUGUUUCGAAUAAAGAUCACGAAGCCGCCGUCCGCGAAAUGGAUUUCGAUCAGACAACUACCCACAUGGAGACCAGCCACACCGAAGAACCGUUGGCUCAUAAUUACGGAUGGCCUAACGAAGCAUUCGAUUCGGCUUCCGGAGACGAAGAUAGCAUCGGUUUGAUACCGAUGCCAGGUACUGCGUCUUCCGCCAAAUCGAUGCCUAAUUUGUCCACCACGUCAGGCCCUGCUGCGCUGAAUCCGAGCACCGGAGGACCCUACAUUACAGAUCCGACCGAACGAAGGAAUAACGCUUUGCUAAUAUUGAAGCUUUUAUGCGAAAGUACCGUUUUGCAACCUCACAUUAAAGAAUUAUUAACUGGAAAAGACGCCGAAGGCCAGACACCAUUCAUGUUGGCGGUGAAUUGCCGAGCCUAUCAAGCAGCCCUAAUCUUAUUCGAUACGAUUAAACGCGUCGCGAACCGAGAAUGUUCGACGGGACCUUCCAGCAGCACCACAACAGCUCCCACUGCUUCUGUUUUGACUACCCCUGCAGCUGCCACUGCGGCUACGACAACAUCGGCCGCUGGUGCCAGCAGUACUCCUACCGCUGCUGUAGCGAGUGGAAGUGCCGGAUCAGCUUCAACUACUACCAACGUACCGUAUUUCGAUAACUUGGAAACACCUUCUACCGCUGCGGCUGGUACUGCUGCUGCUGCAUCGUUCAGCGGAACAACGUCUCCGGUGACCGGAUUCGCCGUAGCUCCGGCUAUCACAGAAGUGGCGGCUGCCAUGACUCAGAAUACGACGGCCGAAGAGAAACUCAAGAACGUUAUGAGCGCGUGGUUUUCCAAAGAAACCCUCGGGUCGACUCCGUCUGCCGGUCUAUCGACGGCACCCUCAGCUCCGGUGAUAACUCCUAUACACUCUAACGUCCCCGGUCAAUCGACUACGUCGACGUCGUUCGCCACUUCGAAAAAAAGUGGCGGCGAUGUCGAAUGGUUGUAUCCGUACGCCACUCAGCAGCCCGCUGGCGGUACUGGUGGUGCUCACUAUGCGUCUACUACGACUUCCCAACAACAGCCUUUCGAUGCGUCGCGAUCUGCAUCGAACAAGAAAUGCGUCAGUCCGCCGGAAUGUGUGAAGAAACGAUGGGAAACGUUUUACUCGAUGGUGUUCCCCGAAGGCUCGAAUCCGGAUAAUUCACCGUUAUACGUGAUCUGUUGCAAUGAUACGUGCAGUUUUACGUGGACCGGAGCCGAACAUAUUAAUCAGGAUAUUUUCGAAUGUCGAACUUGCGGUUUGACCGGAUCGUUGUGCUGUUGUACGGAAUGUGCCAAAGUAUGCCAUCGUGGUCACGAUUGCAAAGUGAAGCAGACCUCGCCAACGGCCUACUGCGAUUGUUGGGAGAAGUGUAAGUGCAAGGCGUUAAUCCAGGGCAAUCAACAAGCCAGAUACGAAUUACUGGGAUGUAUGGUUAAGGAGACCAAUCUCGUGACUAAAUUCAAUAGCAGAGACGAAAGCAUCCUGCUAUUCUUGGUGCAAACAGUCGGCCGUCAAUCGGUCGAACAGCGUCAAUACAGAACUACCAGACCUAGAUCAGCCACCAGGAAAACGCCAUCUUCGGAAAUUGGCGCAGCAUCCGAACCAGAUAUGCCGGAUCAUGACUUGGAACCACCCAGAUUCGCCAGAAGGGCGUUGGAAAGGUUGCUGAACGAUUGGCAAGCCGUCAAGAGUAUGAUUAUGUCGGGUGUCAAAGAAGAAGACGAAAAAGUUAUCCCGAUGAAUACGAAUACAUUAUACGAAGAUCAAGCGUACUUGAAAAGUCAAACGGGCACGGCUCUUUUGGAUAAAUUUACUCAUUGUUUGCUGGUGAAAUGCAGCUCGGAAAUGUUGGAUACGUUACUUACGACUUUGAUUAGAGAAAUUCAAGAUACAACUACUCGAGGACGCAGCGAAGAAGCCACCAUAGUCGCUAGACGAUUUGUUCGUUCUGUUACUCGUAUUUUUGUCAUAUUCAGCAUUAUGACUCCGCAGACCGGAAAACGAAGAGGAGUAAUGACGAUCGCCUCGGUCACAAAAGCGAAACGCGUAUUCCAAUCGCUAAUUAAACUCGGAAUUGAAGAGCUUUGCGAAGCUGCGGAUAGUUUAAUCGCUCCCGUUCGUCUCGGAGUUGCCAGACCAACGGCUAAUUUCUCCCUUUCUAACAAUACAAUGGAUGUGGUCUCGGGAUGCGAAGACUUAUUCUGCGUCGAACCGAUGUCUUCGGCGUCGUCGUCUCGUCAACGCGAAUCCCUUCUCGUACAAGAAGAACAAGCCGGCGGCGAAGGCGGUGCAAUGUCGCCCGAACUAGGCGAAGUAGGAGAAGUGAUACGCAACUCGCAGAACAGAUUGCCCGAUAUGGAAUUAGAAGACGAUAUCGUUGAAAAUUUAGUAGCGCUUACAAACGAUGUCGAAGGAAGUGAUAACGAAGAACAAGAUGCCGCCAGCGGUGUUGCUCUGGAUGUAAGGAACGGAGGCGAAGCGGAGAACUUGAUGGAUGCUCGUAAUUCCGUUGUAGGUAUGAUAGAAGCGGCCAGAAGUGCUGCCGAAGCCGAAUCCGACGCCGAAGAUUUGAUCGUCGAAUCCGAAUCUGAUUCUGAUCAGAGUAAUCAAGACGGAGGUCAAAGGAGUGUACAAACUGGAGCCACUGCUGGCUCUGAUUCCGACGACGAAUCUGGCGAAUCGACUCAGCAAGAAGAUGAAGAGUCAGAAACGGCUGAAACAGACGAUCUGGAAGCGGAAGAAGUUAUUUUGAACGACGAGCAACUAGAAAGAAGACCAACGAAUUCCUUUGGUUACAGCGGUCACCGGACGAAUUUAGCUCCGCAAUCGAUGCAAUGGGCCAUUCGAAGCCGUGACAAUAUUUCCAGAUCAUCCGGAGGUUUUCGUUUCACGUCCGGCGGCAAUUCGUUAGUAUUCAUUGAUCCGUCAUCGUUGCGCCGAACAGGUACCGGAGGCUCCGGCACCGGAACCACGACCGCGGUCGCCGCUACUGUUGAGCCACCGGUGACGAUGUCAACGACUGCUGCCUGCUUGGCUCGCGCAUUCGCCAUCGUAAUUAGACAAAUCGCCGACUUAUUCCGUACCCUGCAAGAUUACAAUACGAUGGCUCCUCCUCUGGCAACCGUGUUGAGUGUCACUCAACAAGAUGUUAAUAAUUUGCAGAUGUAUUUAGAAUCGCAUUUAUCGAGAACGUGGAAAUGGUUGAUGAAGGUGAUGGAUUCGACUGAAGCUCAGUUGAGGUUUGGUGCAUCGUUGACACAUUCCAGCGAUCCGCAACAUCCUAAUCAUCCUUUCCAUACGCCAGCUACGAGUUCGACGACUCCGACGACCAGCAAUAACGCACAGUUCAUCGUUACUUCUAGUAGAUUUUCGUCUUCGCGACCACAAACUAACGCUCAGCAACCGUCGUCGACCACUACCGUGACUCGAAACCCAAUCACUAUUAAUAACAUUCCUGCCAGCGAACCCAGACGCGAAUUUCUAUCUUACUGCUUAUCUCUGAUGAGAUCCCACAGCAACGAGCAUGCAGAUUCGUUACCGGUAUUGGAUAUUUCAGCAUUGAAACAUGUCGCUUACGUUUUGGACGCGUUGAUUUACUAUAUGCGAUCGGAUACGAUCAAUACCCCUAUACAAUCGAGUUCAGUGAACGCUUUUAACGAUAUUGAUAGCGAAUCCUGGGUAGCUGAUCAGGAUGAAAACGAGAACGACGAAAACGACGAAGAAAUGAGCCAAUCGGCCCUGGAUAACGACUCAGUCAUCGAACAAGAUUCGGUAUUCUGUAGUAGUUCGAUAGCUGCAGCGGCGGCAGCCGCGACCACGGCCAAUAGCGGCGGUAAAGGACGUAAGAAUAUAUUCUUCCAAAGAUCCGAUUCUACAUUGUGUCUGGGAUGCAGUCCACCCGAUCCGUUUGAAACACCCAUGAUACAAGCCCUACCAUUGGCCGAUCAGCCGCACUUGUUGCAGCCUAAUUCGCGUAAAGAAGAUUUAUUCGGAUUCCCUAAGCAUAGCUCGGUUGCAGGUGAGUCAUCAUUGCCCAGUUUACCUACUCGGUUGGGUUUGUCGACUCGGCGCGAACAAGAUAUCGAAGAUUUGCACGGAAAACGCGACGCUUCUACGCAGAUAGAAGGUGCCAGCGGUGGAUCUGCAACAAGUAGUUCCACUGUCGAGCCUGUGAAACCAUCGAGCUCGCCCAGAAGCGAAGACGUUCCUUGCGAUAUGACCGUCGGCCGAAUGAGAAUGCAGUUCGAUAACGUGCCCUCGACCGGCCAGCCCCAGGCCACCUCUGCGACGGCAACAGCGACGGAAGAAAACCAAGAUACUACGACAACGGCCACGAUACACAUGGAAACCGACGACCCAGCUUCCGUAUCGCCAGCGACUGCCAGAAGGGCUCCGAUAAUCGUCUCGGCUGGAAACGUGGCUCAGCAGCCGAUCGACGGAGGCAGUGGAAGCGCCGGUACUGCGGCCAGUAUAGCGAAAAGCGUCAUCGUACGUGCGUCGCCGGCCGUUGCUGGAGGAUCUUCGAGUUCCACAUCGAUUGCCACUCAAACAACUUCGGCAUCUGGUAAAACACCGUCUACUUUGACUCGGUCGAAUGUCGAUGAUGCUCUGAUGGCGCUUAACGACGAAGUUUCCGCUAACGUUACCAUCGAAACUACUAAACCGCCUAUUCAAAGACCAUUAUCGAUCAUAGGUCAAGAAAUAUCUCACGAGUUACUGCUCGGUCGAUGGAGACUGUCUUUAGAUUUAUUCGGCAGAGUUUUCAUGGAAGACGUUGGCUUGGAACCGGGUUCGGUUGUAUCGGAACUCGGAGGUUUUCCCGUCAAGGAAGCGAAAUUCCGUAGAGAAAUAGAAAAACUUCGUAAUCAACAAAAUCGUGAUUUAUCUUUUACAAAGCUGGAACGCGAUCGAACGCAGUUAAUAUUGCAGACGAUCAAGGAAUUGAAUAAUCAAUAUAGUACGUUUUGUAAACGCGCCUCGACUCAGCCACCGUUGGCGGUAAACAGGGUAAAGGUUACAUUCAAAGAUGAGCCAGGCGAAGGAUCCGGAGUCGCUAGAUCGUUCUAUACGGCCAUCGCUGAGGCUCUUUUGGUCAACGAAAAAUUACCCAAUUUAGAGAACGUACAAGUCGGCGGAUAUCGUCACGCUCCCUAUAGUUGUUUCCGUAAAAUGAAUAGAGAAAGAAACGACGUGACGAGACUUCGAUCGACUGCUCGAAUGAGUACUGGAAGUCGUAAUCGUGAUCAUCGUCGACUGUUGUCGGUAGACGCCCGUCCAUUCGUGACGGCCAUCAAUUCGGACGGAUCGGCUAAUCCGAACGAGCAUCUAAAUCAUCAUCAACAACAGCUCGGCGAACGUUUAUAUCCUAAGGUUCACGCAUUGAAACCUAAUUUGGCUGGCAAGAUCACCGGUAUGUUAUUAGAAUUGUCUGCGGCUCAAUUACUCAUGUUAUUGGCUUCGGAGGAAGCUCUCAGACAACGAGUCGAAGAAGCAGUCAGCUUGAUAACCAAUUCGACCGAAAUGGAAACCAACGAAGAACCUACUGCUGAUCGUAAUAAUACAUCGACGUCUAAACCGAGCAUACAUUUGAAAGAAAACGAAGAAUCGAUGAUGGAAGACACCGCAGACGACUGCGGUCCGUUAUUCUAUUGCCCAGGCAAAGCCGGAUUCUAUUCUCCGCGUCAAGGAAAAGCAACUUUCGAAAGACUUAACGCAUUCCGUAAUGUUGGAAGAAUUAUCGGUCUGUGUUUGCUUCAAAAUGAAUUAUGUCCUAUAUUCCUGAAUCGUCAUGUACUGAAGGUGAUACUUGGCAGGCCAAUUAGAUUCCACGAUUUAGCAUUCUUCGAUCCCGUCAUGUACGAAAGUUUGAGGCAAUUGAUUUGCGACGCCGAAUCCAAAGACGGAGCAGCGCUGUUUUCAGCUUUAGAUCUUAAUUUUAGUAUCGAUUUGUGCCAAGAAGAAGGAGGUUGUAGCGUCGAAUUGAUACCGAACGGUCGCGACGUCGACGUUACCGCCGCCAACGUUUACGAUUACGUUAGAAAAUACAGCGAAUGUAGAAUGUUCAAAUGUCAACGUAAAGCUUUAGAAUGCAUAAGAAUAGGUGUAUUCGACGUGUUACCAGAAACAUCGAUGGACGGAUUGACUCCGGAAGAUCUCAGAUUAUUGCUGAACGGAGUAGGAGAUAUAAACGUCAAUCUGCUAAUAUCGUAUACCAGCUUUAGCGACGAAUCGGGCCCCGGAAAUGGAGACAAGGUCACCAAAAUUAAACGCUGGCUGUGGUCGAUCGUCGAAAAAAUGACGCAGAUGGAAAGAAUGGAUUUGGUUUACUUUUGGACGGGAUCGCCGGCGUUGCCAGCUUCCGAAGAUGGUUUCCAACCCAUGCCCAGUGUAACGAUCCGGCCACCCGAUGAUUCGCAUCUACCUACGGCGAACACGUGUAUUUCCAGAUUAUAUAUACCGAUCUACAGUUCCAGAAAUAUAUUAAAACAGAAACUACUCUUAGCAAUUAAAACGAAAAGUUUCGGCUUCGUAUGAAGAAAAUCAUGGCUAUCGUCGUCGCGUUCUAUAGGCUGGAAUUUUUCUCACGCAAUAUUUCUAUAUAUUUUGUAAUUUCGUCUAGUAUGUGGUGUGCGCAUGCGCGUGUGCGUGUUAUUUAAAACGAUACAAUAUUUGAAGAAAAAAAAAUUAAUCUCGAGAAAAACUAUACAGGACGAAAUUAUCAAGAGCAGAGCAAAUUCUGCGGAGAGAUUGCGAGAUUCUACGUAUGUAAAAAAAUGAAAGAGAGAAUGUCAGAUUUUUUAAGCCAUCGUCGUCGAAAAGUACGCGUAUUUAUUCAUUAUUAAUAAUUACAUUACCCAAGUAAAAAUUUACUCGUGGCGUUUCCCCCUCCCCCCUCUUCUCUUUUCGAUGUGAAAAUGUAUUUACGACGCGUGUGUUUAACUCGAAUUUUUCCCUGUACUAUAUUUUAUUUAUUAUUAUUUUUUUUCGUUCGAGGUUCUUCCCCCCACCUUCUCGCCGUUUAUUUGAAUUUUGAUUUAUUUUUCUCUCUGUCGAAACGUGGAGGAGAUUGUCAUCGUCAUCGUUAUCGCCGUCGUCGUCGCUAUUCGUAUAUAAAUAAUAAACGUAAAUACAUUAUUAUUUAAUAAGCUUGGAGUAUAUAUUCAUGUAAUCAAUAUAAAGAAAUUAUAUUGUUGAAGUUUGCUUUGCGUUCAUUUAGUAUGUAAUGUGAACAAACGAGAAACUGGGAGAGUCGAGUGUCGCUCGAUGAAACUCGAUAAUUCACUCCCUGGCGAUUGUUUUUUUUUAUAUUUUGUACACGAAUUAUGAUUAUUUUCCCCCCUCCCCCCAUUUUUAAUCUGUUUUGUAAUAUAUUUCGGGACCUUUUUUUCUGGUAUAAAGAAAGCAUAUUGCUGCGAAUACGUGUGUAUUGUAUGUGUGCGUAUAUACGAGUAAUUUGGAGUUACGAAGCUUUAAGUGUUUGAUUUUGCCAUUUUUUUUUCUCUGUUUCGUUGUUAAUAAUUAUGUAGCUUAUUUUUUCGUACACCUUUUUGCCUCUUAUUAUUUUUUUUUUCCUUUUUAAAUAUAACUGUACGCUUUGA